CACAUUCCAGCUGUCUGCUUCACUCGUCUCCAAAAUUUACUAUCCAAAUUUUACAAAAAAUAACAAAAAACAGCCACUCAAAAAUUUAACAAAAAAAAGAUUAGCAAUUCCAAUUCGCAUCUAAAAUGGCCAAUUUAUUUUCCAGUAUGCUGCCCACGAAUGUUUACCCCGAGUCGAGUGAUAUUCGCGAUUCGAGCAGCAGCAAUGGAGAUUUGUUAAUGCCGGACGUCGAUCUGAUCGCCUCGAUGAUGCCACAUCUGUAUCCUCUACCGAACAUCCAAACUCAUCGAAGACAGGAUUCGACCCUAUCAAAUUUCGAAAGUUCUCCCCUCUCGGAUGAUGAAAAACGCGAGCGCAUUCGUCUUCACGAAAUGUUAAGUCAAUAUGGUGAUCCCAACGACUUUUAAAAUCUGGUUAACCGUAGAAAUGACUAUGAGCCACCGAGAGAAUGAUUGAUUGAAUCCGUAGCAGAUAAUGAAUGGCUUCUUUCCAUGAUGUGAACUUUGAAAUCA